AUGGUGUUCUACGAAGGAUCCCUGAUAGGAGACCCUGCUGUGGAGGGAUUGCGCCGACAUCUGGCCACAUUUUGCUUAGACAGGAGAACUUACGAGCAUGUUGAGCCGAUUGCGGAGCCGCUUUUUUCGGAGACAGGAGGACACAAUCCAUUUGGAGCCUGGAAACAGGAGACAUUGAUUUGCUAUGUCAGAGGCUCCACCUAUCGCCUGAUGUGGGAUGGCGUUGUGCACUUCGAAAAUGCCAAACUAUACACGUCCGCCGUGGACGAUGCGUUAGAGGCAGCCGGGGUAAUGAGUGUGGAUUAUGAUAUAUAG